AUGUCCAACGUCAGCCUCUGUACUGCACCUCAUCAUAAUCUUAUUGUAUAUGCAGCGGUUGUUUUUCAGCCGGAGAGGCCGGAGAUCUUUGACACCAUCUUCGACAUCUUCAAGAUAGACCUGGCCGAAGAGGAACGAAAGGCCCGACUGCAGGAGGUGCAACAGAGCAUCCUGAGUGGCGCCUGCCAAUGGUCGGCGAAACUUUCCAUUACAGUCAAGUCUGCUCAGGGUUUGAUCGGAAAGGAUAAGAGCGGACGCAGCGACCCCUACGUGACUGUCCAAGUGGGGAAGGUUCGUCGACGCACAAAGACUGUACCUCAGGAACUCAACCCAACCUGGGAUGAGAAGUUCAACUUGUGA